GUGUACUGGUUGUUAAAGAAUAUUCAAAAAUGUUCUGUCUCCAAUUCACAAAAGAAGAGAGCUGUUCUGUACUGUGGGCCUUCAAAUAAGUCUGUUGAUGUUGUGGCAGGUCAUCUCCUAAAACUUCGAAAUCAACUUAGACCUCUCAGAGUCUACAGUGAUCAGAUGGAGAUGUUGGAAUUUCCUUACCCAGGCUGCAAUCUGAAGCUGUCACGCCAUUCUAAAAGAAGCGAAAAACCCAACACAGAGCUCAGCUCCAUUGCACUUCACCACCUGAUUCGAAAAGAAGACAACCCAUUCUCCACACAAAUACUAGCUUUUGAUUUGAAAAUUGCAAGAGGAGAUAAUCUCACUAACGAAGAAAAGAGAUUCUACAAAGACAUCCUCCAAAAGGCUCGAAAACAUGAGUUAUUGCAGCAUGAUGUCAUCUUGUGCACCUGCACAGCAGCCUCAAACCCUGCCUUAGCUAAAGUCCUCGACUUCAAACAGAUCAUCAUCGACGAAUGUGCCAUGGCAACUGAACCUGAAGCCUUUAUUCCCCUAGUGGCUCAUAAGCCUGAUCAGAUUGUUCUUCUGGGCGAUCAUAUGCAGCUGCAACCUGUAGUCCACUGUGAUGUUGUGGAGCGACUGGGAAUGAGCAAAUCUCUUUUUGAACGUUACAUGGAGAAAGCACUCAUGCUUGACACUCAGUACAGAAUGCAAGAAGACAUUUGUGCAUUUCCAUCUAAGGAGUUCUAUGGUGGAAAGUUAAAAACUGGAACAUUACCUAAACCAAGUCUCUUCCUUACUAAAUCAAAGCAAACAUGUAUAGUUUUUGGCCAUGUUGAUGGAAAGGAGAAAAGUCUGGUGGUCUCGACUGAACAGGGGAAUGAAAAUUCAAAGGCAAAUGUGGAAGAGUCUAAAAAUCCUAAAACUCCUACAAACAUAUCCGACAUUUCAUUGAAGCAUGCCUCCAUAAUAGACGUCCACAGAGAUGUGAUAAUCGUAAUAAUCUUUCUACAGGUGCGGAUCGCCAUUCUUUUGACUAAGGCUGGGAUAAAGACAAAGGACAUUGCCAUUCUCACACCAUACAAUGCUCAGGUGUCAAAUAUUAGUCAGUCCCUGUUCAGUAAGGGUAUACGUGACAUCACGGUCAACACCAUCAUGAAAAGUCAAGGAAGUGAAUGGAAAUAUGUCAUCAUAUCAACUGUGCGCUCUUGUCCCGAAUCUGAUAUAGAAAAGCAACCAACUAAAUCCUGGAUCAUAAAAUGCCUUGGAUUCAUCAUGGACCCACACCAAGUUAACGUGGGCAUUACCAGGGCACAAGAAGGCCUGUGCAUCAUUGGUAAUGAGAACUUGCUGCGGUGCAGUGUGUUGUGGAGAAGACUUCUGGAUCAUUAUAAGGAGAAAGGAUGUGUUGUGAAUCCCGCCCGGCACAUCCAGGUUCAAAAACCCACUAGAAGUUUGGGAAAAAGAGAACUGCUAGAAGAUGAUGUUCUUCAUGCAGUUUUAUUUUUGUAGCUGCAGUUGCUUUAUAGCUGUGUUAAAUGUGCACUUAUAUACUCUACAUUUACAUUUAUGAAUGCAUUACUAUUUUAAAUUUUUUUGCAAGACAGACAUCAGGGACAACUUUUGAAUGGCUAUUUAGUAUAUUCGUUUUUAAUUAAAUAUAUUUUAUUUUUUAGUCUGUAUUAGCAUUGGAAAUUAGACUGUAUUUAUCUAUUUUAAUGUCAGAAUUUUUGUGCAAUUGUAAAUUUUGUAUAAAGUUUGCAUAACCAUAAAUUCAUAAAGAAAAAAAGAUUUUGCAUUGCAUUUGUUUAAAAUACUAUUUCUGUAUAUAUAAAUGCAAAA